AUGGCAUCGAAAAACAUCAUCAAAUCAUCAUGGAUGUUUUUAACAAUUUUAAUCAUUAUUUCACUCAUGAAUGAUAUGACAAAUGCUCAAAAAUUAGAUGAAUGCGCAUCGCACCCAUGUGCUAAUAAUGGUACCUGUAUUGACUUAGAAAAUGGUUUUCUUUGUCAUUGUUUACCUGAAUGGAAUGGUACUUUAUGUACAGAACUUAAGAAUCCAUGUCAAUCAUCUCCAUGUGGUCCACUCGGUAAAUGUAUUCAAACAAAUCAAGUACAAUUACCAUAUUAUUGUCAAUGUCCAGAUGGACAAAAUACUGUGUUUAAAUGUGCUGAUCCAAAUCCAUGUCUACCGAAUCCAUGUGGUCCUGGAGAUUGUGAAAUUACUGCAAAUUUACUCAAUGGAUACAUUUGUCGAUGUCAUGAUGGUACUAUUCAAAUGGCAAAUUGUUCAACACCAAAAAAUCCUUGUGCAACAUUACCUUGUGGACCACAAGGACGAUGUUUAACUCUAACAGCAGCUCCAAAAGGUUAUAUGUGUAUGUGUCAAAGCGAUGGUAUUACUUUUACGACUAUUGAUACAUGUCCAACAACGAAUUCAGUUUGUACUCAUUUAACGUGCAAGAAUGGUGGUACUUGUUUACCAUAUUCAGCUAAUGAGCCAUCAUGCACUAUUGGACAAAUUGGCUCCACUUGUUGUCAAUGUCCUCCUAAUUAUACAGGUCUGCGAUGUGAACGAGAAAUUGAUUUUUGUUCAUCAAAUCCAUGUAAAACAAAUGGACGUUGUCUAUCAGGUAAAACUGGAUAUCGAUGUCAAUGUUAUGAAGGAUUUACCGGUGAAAAUUGUGAAGUCCGUAUCACAAGAUCAGGUUGUUUAUCAAAUCCUUGUUCCACUGGUAUUUGUUAUCAAUUAAAUCAAAAUGGACCUUCUUAUGUUUGUAUUUGUCCAGAUGGUACACUCAGUCUAUCAUGCAAUUCAACUAAUUCAACUCGCAAUCUCUAUGCAUUACCAACAAUACCAUCACCACAGACAACUACUCCAAUAGUUUCAUUAAUGUUUGGUCAUAAUGCAAAAUAUGGUUCAGAAACAAAUGGUAAUGCUGUUCCAUCUAUUUCGACAUGUAGUCCAUUAUCAAGAAAUGCAUGUAAUGGUGGUCAAUGUGUAUUAGUCGGUGGAACGACCUAUGCAUGUCGAUGUCGAGAAGGUUAUACAGGCGUUUAUUAUAUUAAUGAAUGUGCUUCAAAUCCUUGUUUGGGAGGUGGUACAUGUUAUGAUCUAAUAAAUGCAUAUGCAUGUUUUUGUCCUGAUCGAGUUUUUCGACCACAAUGUAAUACAACCGGUGUAUCACCAAGUGUAACAGGUUCUUCAGUUUUAAUGAUUAGUAGUAAUCAUAAAAUAUCAAUUAGUCAAGGAGAUAAAUCAUUACAAUACGCUUGCCAUUGUCGCAAUGGGGGUUUAUGUUAUACCGGUUCAGCUGGUGCAAAACUUUGUCAAUGUUUUAGUGGAUUUACUGGACCAAUGUGUGAAAUAUCAAUUUCUUCGAGUAUAAGUCGUGGUCAAAGUAUGUGUAGUCCAUCAUUAUGUCAAAAUAGCGGAACUUGUCAAGAACAAGGAGGCACACCUAUUUGUAUUUGUAAACCAGGUUUUACUGGUCAACGAUGUGAAUCUGAAUAUUUCCGUUGCCAAGCUAAUGGUCGUUUCCCUGAUGUAUCAAGCUGUAAACAAGGUCGAUACUUUGAAUGUGUAUAUUUUGGACAAUAUGAUUUGGGUCUACCUAAUGGAGUUCUAUAUAGUCGUAGUUGUCCGCCUGGUCUUUGGUUUAAUGCAUUGAGUGAUCAAUGUGAUUAUCCAAGUCUUGUGCAAUAAAUUGAAGCAAUUUCAUGCUAUCAAUGUUCAAUGAAAUAUUCAAAUGUUGAAUGUAAUUCAAAUAAUUCAAGUUAUUUUACAGAUUGUCAACCAACAUUUGAUACAUGUUUAACCAUUGUACUUAAACCAGAUAAUUUUGAUGAAAUAAUCAUUACAAAAUAUUGUACAAAACGUAAUGCAUGUGAACGUCAACAAAAUUAUACACAUUCUUUAACACCUUGUGAACCCAAUAGUGAAGGUCGAAGUUGGGGUUGUGUUUCAUGUUGUGGAGAUCGAGAUUUAUGUAAUUAUGAUGAUUCAAAUCGAUUAAUACCAAAUAUAAAUAUAGCAAGGAUAUUUUUAUUUGGUGUUUUACAUUUUUUUCUUUAG